AUUUCGUGCCAGUAUAUUGUUCUCAUCCCGUGGCUUCAGCCUCUGCUUCUCCUACCGGCGCCCACAUGCGCCAAGAUGACGAUUACAUGUUUGUGACGCCGGUGGAGGUGAACUCCGCGGGAGACUACAUCUCCCAUGAUGUCUCCAGGCGCCGAGGUCGAAGGUCGCUGUCAGAGGGUUGGGGUCCUGUGCACUACCACCUGUCUGCUUUUGGCAAGGAUUUAUACCUGGACCUGCAGCCGGCCACCGUUCUGGCCGAGGGCUUCACCGUGCAGACGCUCAGCUCCCGCGGCAUUGCCACGUCCACAGUGUCUCCGUCUAUUCGUAGCUGUCUGUAUCAGGGCAUCGUGAGGAACCACUCAAUCUCCUCUGUGGCCAUCUCUACAUGCAGAGGACUGUCAGGUCUGAUUCAGAUGUCGGGUGAAGAGUUCUUCAUCAGCCCUCUGCCUGAGCAUUUGGCUUUGGAGCACAGCUACAGCGCCCCCGCUGGUCACCAUCCACACGUGCUUUACAAACGCUCUGUGGAGCUCAGAGUCCACGGGGACGGCACGGGCGGAGCCAGCACUCCUGCAACCCCUGCACAGAAGCCCCACGGCGACUACCCGCAGCCGAGGUUCCAGAAGCAGCACUUCUGUGGAAGCCGCAGGCAGUACAUGCCCAAGCUGCCCACAGAGGAUCGUUUUAUCAUGCCUGAUGAGUUUGAGCAGUCUGGCCGGGUAAAGCGAUCCCCGAUCACAUCGAAUAAAGUGGGAGGUCUGAAUGUGGAGACUCUGGUAGUGGCCGACAGGAGGAUGUUGGAGAAACAUGGGAGGGAGAACGUCACCACCUACGUCCUCACGGUCAUGAACAUGGUCUCCAGCCUCUUCAAGGAUGGCACCAUUGGAACAGAUAUCAACAUUGUUGUUGUCAGUCUGCUUCUUCUAGAACAGGACCCACUGGGCCUGUCCAUAAGCCACCAUGCUGACCAAUCCCUGAACAGCUUCUGCCAGUGGCAGUCAGGACUUCUGGGUAAAAACGGCAAACGUCACGACCACGCCGUGCUCCUGACCGGCCUUGAUAUCUGCUCGUGGAAGAACGAACCGUGCGACACCCUGGGAUUUGCCCCCAUCAGAGGUAUGUGUAGUAAAUAUCGCAGCUGCACAAUAAAUGAAGACACCGGUCUGGGCCUUGCCUUCACCAUCGCUCAUGAGUCUGGUCACAAUUUUGGUAUGGUCCAUGAUGGGGAAGGCAACCCCUGUAGGAAGGCAGAGGGUAACAUUAUGUCUCCUACAUUGGCUGGAAAUAACGGCGUGUUCUCCUGGUCAGCCUGUAGCCGCCAGUACCUCAGUCGCUUCCUGGGCACAGCGCAGGCCUCCUGUCUAGGUGAUGAACCCAAGCUGAUUGGCCAGUAUCGGUUCCCUGAGCAACUUCCUGGGCAGUUGUACGACGCUGACACACAGUGCAAGUGGCAGUUUGGCUCCAAGGCUCAGCUCUGCAGCCUGGACUUUGUGAAGGACAUCUGCAAGUCACUGUGGUGCCAUCGGGCAGGGCACCGGUGCGAGACCAAGUUCAUGCCCGCUGCUGAAGGCACCGUCUGUGGGACAGACAUGUGGUGUCGGAAAGGACAGUGUGUGAAGUUGGGCGAUGGGGGUCCCAAGGCGGUCCACGGCCAGUGGUCCAGCUGGUCGGAGUGGUCCGACUGUUCCAGGACCUGCGGGGGAGGGGUCAUGUACCGUGAACGCUCCUGUAACAGUCCCAGCCCACAGCACAGUGGACGUUUUUGCCAGGGAGCCGGCCGCCUGUACCAACUGUGUAACGGCGAUCCGUGCCAGGACGGCUCGGCCAGCUUCCGCGCACAGCAGUGCGCCGAGUACAAUGGCAGGCCCUUCCGCGGCUGGUACUACCGAUGGAAACCCUACACCAGGGUGGAAGAGGAGGACGUCUGUAAGCUGUACUGCAUCGCUGACGACUUUGACUUUUUCUUCGCCAUGGCCAGCAAGGUGAAGGAUGGCACGCCCUGCUCCGAUCACAAACCGGACGUCUGUAUCGACGGGAUUUGUCAGCCGGUGGGCUGUGACCAGGUGCUGGGCUCCGGGGCAACUCUGGAUAUAUGUGGUGUGUGUAAAGGAGACAAUUCCACCUGCAAGUGGUACAGUGGGCAGUACACACUCCAGCACACGGCCGACGAGUACUACCCCAUCGUAACCGUGCCUGUUGGAGCUCGUACUAUCCGGAUACAGGAGACAGAGAUCUCCACCAGCUACCUAGCCGUCCGAGGGGUGGAGAGCAACACCUACUACCUGACCGCAGACUGGACAGUGGACUGGCCGGGCAAAUUCCACUUCGCCGGCACCGUAUUCCACUAUCAGCGCUCACACAAUGUGCCAGAGAGCCUGGAGACAGUGGGACCCACCAACGAGACCCUGCGCUUUGAAAUUCUCCUGCAGGGAAAGAAUCCAGGAGUUUUGUGGGAGUACACCCUCCCCAUCCAGGAGAACAAGCCCAAUUACACCUGGGCCGUGAUCCGAUCCAACUGCUCUGCCUCGUGUGCAGGAGGGCGUGUGUGGAUGAAGGCCGUCUGUCUGCAGGACCAGCGCGCACAGGUCAACGUUUCACUGUGUAGCCCUCACGCACGGCCUGUGCUGACCUUGCAGAUCUGCAACACACAGCCCUGCCCAGCUUACUGGUGGGUGGGGCCCUGGGCCAUGUGCAGUGAGGUGUGUGGAGGAGGACUGCAGAGGCGGGUUGUGAGGUGUCUGAGGAAGAGGAUGUACCAGCGGGAGGAAGAGCUUACACCCUCCCAGUGCCCUGCCUCUGUCCCGCCUCAAACACAACCCUGCAACACACAGGCCUGCCCUGCGGAAUGGGCUACGGGCUCCUGGUCGCAGUGCUCUAAGUCAUGCGGUCGUGGCGUGCGGAGCCGCAGCGUGUUCUGCAGGGCGGCGGAGCCGGGCUCCAAGGCAGUGUUCCCUGACAGCUUGUGUGAGCAGAGACCGAAGCCCAGUGCUCAGGAGCAAUGUGUGUCGAGCCGUUGCCCCAGAAAUGAGCGUCUGCUGUGGCUCCCCACGGCCUGGGGACAGUGUUCGGUGUCAUGUGGGGCAGGUGUCCAGAGGCGGGAGCUCCGCUGUGGGGUGAAGGACUCUGCUGGUGGCUUCACUGAAUUCCCGGCACGCCGGUGCAGAAACCUGCACAAGCCUCACACAGACCUCCAUCAGGCUUGUAGCGAGGACGCCUGCCCUGAGCUGCGGCCCUGGCUCCCCCUACCUGCCCUGGGCAGAGCAGCAGGUGCCAUGCUGCUGGGCUGGUACUCUUCUCCUUGGCAACAAUGCACGGUGUCGUGUGGGGGAGGUGUUCAGACACGCAGUGUGCACUGCCUCAGACAGGGCCGCCUUGCCGCUGGAUGUUUACCCCACCACCGACCAAUCAGCUCCAGAGCCUGCAACACACACUUCUGCCCCGCCCCUGAGCGAUCGUGCAUCGAUUACUAUGCCUGGUGUCACCUGGUGCACCAGCAUGGUGUGUGUAACCACAAGUUGUACGGUGUGCAAUGCUGCAAGUCCUGCUCAGCCAAGAAACUCUAAUAUCAGAGAACUACAUUUCCCACAAGCCCCCUGACCGACUCUGAGUCCUGAGUCUGACCGACUGAAAGAAUGACCCUGUGGAGACUCAAAGGGCCCAAACUGGAUUUUCAGGAGUAAGAUGCACAGAAAAUGAACACCACAGACAUGAAGUCGUCCAGCGCCUGGAAUACUUCAUCACAGAAACACUUUUGGAGAAAUUAUGAACUCUGAAUUUCUGCUAAAACUGUGGGAAAAAAAACAAAAAACUAAAAUGGCAUGUGUUAACUGGAAUUUCCCUGGACAGGACGGUGUGUGUGUGUGUGUGUGUGUGUGUGUGUGUGUAAAGUCUUGCCUGUUCUCUUUCAGCCUGGCACGUUUUAGUUGGAGGAACUAGAGGCCCAGAACAUGUUAUUCUGGCUAGCGUGUCACUGUGUGUCCAGCACUGUGGACUGGACUUGACUGCCGUGCUCUGUGAGUGACUCAUGAACACACUCAGUAGACAGUAGAAUGUGUUUCACAGCAUUCAGGUCAUCCUGGUUUGUCUGUAUCUGUGUUUCUGUGUUUUUCUCCAAUAUGAUGUACUGUAAGCAUUGUUUGAUCAGUGGCUGCAAACUUUGUGUUGAAGCAGAAUUCACCUCUUAAGGACGUUGCGGACACAACAUUGUGUCCUGUGUGUUUACAGUUCUUGUAUUCCAGGUGCUGUCCAGUUUCGUUUCUGCUGUAGUGCUUUGCUUUGCUCCUUCAUCACGCCCUGUAUGACCCAGGGCUCGUCAGCACUAUAGUAGCUCACAGCGCAAUCUGCACUCUGUCCAGGUGUUGUGGACGAGGGUUGGGCAGGGUGUGUUUGAUAGCUGACGAGAGUUUAGUAGCUUCCAUUUACAGACCGUUUCACUUUAGUGGUGACCAGUUACCCAGCCUGCGGAAAGGGGUCAGUCCUGUUUGAAGAAAAGAGAAGAAGACGGGUUUGACCCUCCCACACCCCUGCUCCCUCCUCUCCUCUCUCCUCUCUCCAGCGUUGAGGUUAGGCUGGAUUGUGGACUGUUCCCGGUGCUGCUGUUUAACACACAGCAGUGACGGGAGUUACUCUGUCUGCCCAGCAGGGGGCACUGGAUCGCUCAGGAAAUGGGGAGCGGUACUGUGAGGGGCACAGUGAAACUAGGAGGAAAUACAAGAGAAAGACCAGAGUCUAGUUGUAGGUCAAUCUAAUCUGUCCAUUCAUCCAUUAAUUCUAAAGCAGACCGUUUAGUUCUUUUUUGAAACAGUCUUCUUGUUUUGUAACUGCAGUGCAUCUUUGCCUGUCCUCUGAGGUUACACAACUAACAUUUCCUAGUUGUAUAAAUGUCAAUGUUGAGAUGGACGUGCCCUGUAAACUAAACUGUAAAGUGUUCAAACGUUAGCUGACACUGUGCUCCUUGUAAUAAACCAGUGAGGAAGAGUUUCGCUCCACGGUCUUGUUUACCAGCCGCGCAUUCACGCCGGCCCCCUUCUCUGUCCUACAAACGUGUGUGUCACUUUACUGCGUCCUUCAUCUCCAUGAGUUUCUAGAGAAAUAUAAGGUGUAUAAAUGCGUAAUUUAUUGGUAUGUCACACUAUAA